CAUGCGCAGCAGUCACUCCCGCUGUAUAUUAAGGCGCCGGCGGUCGCGGCCUGAGGCUGCUCCUGGACAAGGGCGACGAACGGUUCGUUUGGACUUGCUGGCUUGCGUGCCCUCCGCCGCCUCCGCAGAGUCCCCCGCGCAGGAGCCAGCAUACUUCUUGAACAUGGAGACUGUUGUUCGACGAUGCCCAUUCUUAUCCCGAGUCCCCCAGGCCUUUCUGCAGAAAGCAGGCAAAUCUCUGUUGUUCUAUGCCCAAAACUGCCCCAAAAUGAUGGAAGUUGGGGCCAAGCCAGCCCCUCGGGCACUGUCCACUGCAGCAGUACACUACCAACAGAUUAAAGAAACCCCUCCGGCCAGUGAGAAAGACAAAACUGCCAAAGCCAAGGUCCAGCAGGCUCCUGAUGGACCCCAGCAGAGUCCAGAUGGCACGCAGCUUCCGUCUGGACACCCCUUGCCUGCCACGAGCCAGGGCACUGCAAGCAAAUGCCCUUUCCUGGCAGCACAGAUGAGCCAAAGAGGCAGCAGUGUCUUCUGCAAAGCCAGUCUUGAGCUUCAGGAGGAUGUACAGGAAAUGAAUGCUGUGAGGAAAGAGGUUGCUCAAACCUCAGUGAGCCCCAGUGUGGUUAGCGUGAAAACCGGUGGAGGGGACCCCAGUGGACUGCUGAAGAACUUCCAGGACAUCAUGCAAAAGCAAAGACCAGAAAGAGUGUCUCAUCUUCUUCAAGAUAACUUGCCAAAAUCUGUUUCCACUUUUCAGUAUGAUCGUUUCUUUGAGAAAAAAAUUGAUGAGAAAAAGAAUGACCACACCUAUCGAGUUUUUAAAACUGUGAACCGGCGAGCACACAUCUUCCCCAUGGCAGAUGACUAUUCAGACUCCCUCAUCACCAAAAAGCAGGUGUCAGUCUGGUGCAGUAAUGACUACCUAGGAAUGAGCCGCCACCCACGGGUGUGUGGGGCAGUUAUGGACACUUUGAAACAACAUGGUGCUGGGGCAGGUGGUACUAGAAAUAUUUCUGGAACUAGUAAAUUCCAUGUGGACUUAGAGCGGGAGCUGGCAGACCUCCAUGGGAAAGAUGCAGCCCUCUUGUUUUCCUCGUGCUUUGUGGCCAAUGACUCGACCCUCUUCACUCUGGCUAAGAUGAUGCCAGGCUGUGAGAUUUACUCUGAUUCUGGGAACCAUGCCUCCAUGAUCCAAGGGAUUCGAAACAGCCGAGUGCCAAAGUACAUCUUCCGCCACAAUGAUGUCAACCAUCUCAGAGAACUGCUGCAAAGAUCUGACCCCUCAGUCCCCAAGAUUGUGGCAUUUGAAACUGUCCACUCAAUGGAUGGGGCAGUGUGCCCACUGGAAGAGCUCUGCGACGUGGCCCAUGAGUUUGGAGCAAUCACGUUCGUGGAUGAAGUCCACGCGGUGGGGCUGUAUGGGGCUCGAGGCGGAGGGAUUGGGGAUCGGGAUGGAGUCAUGCCAAAAAUGGACAUCAUUUCUGGAACACUUGGUAUGUAUACACUGUAUCACAUACUCCUUCCUGUUGUGACCUUCCCUUCUGCUCUCAUUGAACUUAUUGCAGAUGCUGCUAAAAACACAGAAGUCUGUGAUGAACUAAUGAGCAGACAUAACAUCUAUGUGCAAGCAAUCAAUUACCCUACAGUGCCCCGAGGGGAAGAGCUCCUACGGAUCGCCCCCACCCCUCACCACACACCCCAGAUGAUGAACUACUUCCUUGAGAAUCUGCUGGUCACGUGGAAGCAGGUGGGGCUGGAACUGAAGCCACAUUCCUCAGCUGAGUGCAACUUCUGUAGGAGGCCACUGCAUUUUGAAGUGAUGAGUGAAAGAGAGAAGUCCUAUUUCUCAGGCUUGAGCAAGUUGGUAUCUGCUCAGGCCUGAGCGUGACCUCAGUUAUUCCACUUAGGCCCCAUUAUCAUAUCCAGAUAGUCUUCAGAGUUGUCUUUAUAUGUGAAUUAAAUUAUAUUAAAUUUUAAUCUAUAGUAAAAACAUAGUCCUGAAAAUAAA